CCGGGCGGCUGGGCCGUGGCGCGGCUCGAGGGCCGCGAGUUCGAGUACCUCAUGAAGAAGCGUUCGGUGACCAUUGGGCGCAAUUCGUCGCAGGGCUCAGUGGAUGUGAGCAUGGGCCACUCGAGCUUCAUCUCUCGGCGCCACCUGGAGAUCUUCACGCCCCCGGGCGGCGGCCAUGGCGCGGCGGCCCCUGAGCCCGCGCAGCCCCGGCCCGACACGGGCGGCGAUUUCUACCUGCGCUGCCUUGGCAAGAACGGCGUGUUCGUGGACGGCGUGUUCCAGCGGCGCGGGGCGCCCCCGCUGCAGCUGCCGCGCGUGUGCACGUUCAGGUUUCCGAGCACAAACAUCAAGAUAACGUUCACAGCUCUGUCCAAUGAGAAGAGGGAGAAGCAGGAGGCCCCCGAGUCCCCGGUGAAGCCUGUGCAGCCGCACAUCUCCCCCCUGACCAUCAACAUUCCAGACACCAUGGCCCACCUCAUCAGUCCCCUCCCGUCCCCGACGGGCACCAUCAGUGCUGCAAACUCCUGCCCAUCCAGUCCCCGGGGAGCAGGGUCUUCAGGGUACAAAAUGGGCCGUGUGAUACCAUCCGACCUCAGUUUAAUGACUGACAACUCACAGCCAGAAAAUGAAAAGGAAGCUUCAGGUGGAGACAGCCCAAAGGAUGAUUCAAAGCCACCUUAUUCCUAUGCACAAUUAAUAGUCCAAGCAAUUACAAUGGCUCCUGAUAAACAGCUCACCCUAAAUGGAAUUUAUACCCACAUCACUAAAAACUAUCCAUACUAUAGGACUGCGGACAAGGGCUGGCAGAAUUCAAUUCGCCACAAUCUCUCUCUGAAUCGUUAUUUCAUCAAAGUACCGCGUUCACAGGAAGAACCAGGCAAAGGCUCCUUCUGGAGGAUAGACCCUGCCUCUGAGAGCAAAUUGAUAGAGCAGGCUUUUAGGAAAAGACGGCCUAGGGGCGUGCCUUGCUUUAGAACCCCUCUGGGACCGCUCUCUUCUAGGAGCGCCCCUGCCUCUCCCAACCACGCAGGCGUGCUCUCUGCUCACUCCAGCGGCGCCCAGACCCCUGAGAGCCUGUCACGGGAAGGCUCUCCAGCCCCUCUGGAGCCCGAGCCCAGCGCCUCUCAGCCCAAACUCGCCGUCAUCCAGGAGGCCCGGUUUGCCCAGAGUGCACCAGGGUCACCUCUGUCUAGUCAGCCCGUUUUAAUCACUGUGCAGCGGCAGCUACCCCCGGCCAUGAAGCCCGUCACCUACACUGUUGCCACCCCUGUGACUACCGCCACCUCCCAGCCACCUGUCGUGCAGACGGUCCACGUCGUCCACCAGAUACCAGCUGUGUCCGUCGCCAGUGUGGCUGGACUGGCCCCAGCGAACACAUACACAGUUGCUGGACAAGCCGUGGUCACUCAGGCAGCAGUGCUGGCCCCUCCUAAGGCAGAGCCACAUGAGAAUGGAGAGCAUAGGGAGGUCAAAGUGAAAGUAGAACCUGUUCCUGCAAUUAGCCAUGCCACCCUGGGCACCACCAGCCGGGUGAUCCAGGCAUCCCAGGCCACCCCUGUCCAGACGGUCACCAUAGUACAACAGGCACCUCUCGGCCAACACCAGCUUCCAAUCAAAACCGUCACACAGAAUGGGACUCAUGUGGUGUCAGUUCCCGCUGCUGUGCACAGCCAGGUGAACAACGCAGCGGCCAGUCCCCUGCACAUGUUAGCAACCCACGCAUCAGCCUCGGCCUCCCUACCCACAAAGCGACAGAAUGGUGAUCAGGCCGAGCAGCCAGAGCUGAAGCGGAUCAAGACGGAAGAUGCAGGUGCACCCUGGCUCCCGGCACUGGCUCCCUGCAGGGCGCUUGCUGGGUGCUGUCUGCGGCUCCACAGUGAAAGAAGCGUCCAGUCCCUUCCAGAGGCUGAGCUGUGCCCCUGACGACGUGGCUGGGCGUCCUCCAGGGGCAGCGCCGAGCCACCCUGCCACCUCCCAGGACCUCAUGGGCGGCUAGGAGGCAGGACAGCUGAGGUGUGCUCACCUUCCAGAACAGUGGGGUGUUUGCUGUUUCCCAUCUCUCUGUUCUGCUCCGGAAAGUUUGGAUCACAGGACCCUGCAUCUGGAAUCAUGGUUAAUAGCAGCUCUGUCAUUCUGUUCGUCCCUGUGGUGGGUUUGUCCCUGGAUGGUUCCCACAGUCCCCUCCAUGGCCUGCCACAUCCCAGUGAGUAUGGGAGCCACGGCCUGAUGAAUGGGGGCCGGGCUACAAGGACGGGCGCAGGCAGCAGGCGCUUACUGGCUCUCCUUUGUUUCUUUAUGUUGACUUUGUCCCCAGCCUCAUUUCCCACCCUGAGAGAGUAAAACAAGUCUCCUAAAUGUUGUGUGUGCUUAAGCAACAGGACCCUGACCUCCCUCGGAGAGAUUUCGUCUUUUAUCACACACCCUUUUGGGCACAGAUCACAGAACCAUGUGGCACUUGCUCCCUGCGGAGCACCUGGAGGUCUUUUGCAGGCUGCCAUGGGAAGUCUCCUUGACCUUCCAGAACCAAGCCCAACACUAAGGCCAGCUUCUCUCCUUCUGGAAAGGGUUGGAGGAGGUUGAGCAGGCAGAGAACUGAAGCCGCGGCCCAGCCCCUCAAAGGCAGCCUCCCAGGGUUCUUGAGCUGGCUGUGCAUCCGCGCAUCCAGGGCUGCAGCCUUAUUGUGAAUUUUUUAAUGUCAUCAUCAUAGUGUUAUUUAUUUAAUGUAGUUGCUUUGGUAUUUAAGUUUUUUUUUUUUAAGAGAGGAAAAAAUCCUGUAUUUUCCUGAUGGAAUGAAAUGGCUCAGAAUGGUAUAUUUAGGCAAUUUAAAAACAUUUAUUAUUUACAUAAAGACCAAAUAUGAUAAAUCUGUUCUAAGUAUUGUGUGUCACCCGUCUCGAGCUGUCACAGUGUAUUGCAGAUGAUGCGUGUGAGUCACGGGGUCUCUGCGAACUGCUGGAUUUAUAACUCAGCCAUGUGAAAUAAAAGUGAGACAUCCUGUGCGUGAGCCGUGUGUGACACUACACACAUCCUCCGCGGAGCCGUGGUCUUCGCUUGCCCUGCAGCGGCCCGUGGCUGAGGCCUGGGAUGUCCUCGCCUUCACCGGUAGAAGCUCUGCAUUAACAAGGGCACUUGGACGUGCAGCAUUCCUGCAGGGCCCGGCUCAAGCGACCUGGGCGGGGCAUCACGUGGCCUGGAGCUGCUUCCAGGGGGCAGCAGGACCUGGUGACUCCUUAAGGGAGCACACCGAGCUCUCCACAGGCCUCGGGGUAUCGCCAGGGUUUUUGGUGCGAAGUCCAAGCUUCCAGUGCAAAGGGAGAGGAGGAGCUUACCUGUGCUUGACGGGGGCCUUCUCCCGAGCCUCACCUCAUCCGAGUGGUGAGCUCCUCUCCUCUCCCUCUCUGCUUUGGCACAUAGGAAUUUAAGGCUGUCACAAAGCAGAUAAACUGAGCCCCAGAUUAGCGAGUGGCUGUGCCCAGGUUUUUCUCCUGCCUUUAGGGCUCUGUAAAUUUCAUGUGGUUCUAAGUCCCUGGGAGCCUGCUGCCGGCAAGGUGGGCCCCCGCAGGCCCAGUGAGUCGCAGGGUGCCCAGUUGUGCACGGGGGUUCCUCAGUGUCUUUCCCCAAGAAGUCUCUGACCUUUGCAAACUUCUGAGCUCCCUCAGGGACUAGAAACUUUAAUGUCAGCAUCUCUACCCUGAACCUGCAAGGACAGAGGGAGACCGCCUGUGACCCAGACCCGGAUGUGCAGAGUCCUGUCCCUGAGGGGCUCUUCUGCUGGCUACUUGUGACAGCGGGCAUGGGACAUGCGCCACCUCUGUGCCGCUGCUGGUGUGGCCAGUGUGGUAUGAGAGACCACUUUGCAGCCCAGGCUUCUGCUGUCGGUGUGUAGAGGGUGAUUUAUGUGCAGAGAUGUGAAAUUUUUAAGAAGUACCAAGUUC